GCACCCAGAAGUGAACAGUAGGCGACCCGGAAGGUCUGAACUCCGACUGAAGGCAAGCAAAAGGAACAUCUUAUUAUUUUAUAAAAUAUCAUUAAAUCUACCAUCGAGGUGUCAGGAUGGCUGAACCUCGUUUUAAUAAUCCCUACUUCUGGCCCCCACCACCCAACAUGCCUGGCCAGCUGGAUAACCUUGUGUUGAUCAACAAGAUCAAGGAACAGCUGAUGGCUGAGAAGAUCAGACCGCCCCACCUGCCGUCUUCCACAGUUCCCUCCCAACAGCAACUGCUGGGGAAUCCUACACAGACAGAAGGUGGGCAGCAUGUCCAGAUGUCAGUUGAGAAACUGCAGCAGAUGCAACAAGAACUCCAUGCCCACAGCCCGUCCCAUCCAGACAUUGCCCUGCACGCCCGGCCAGCCUCCAGCUCUGUUGCAGGACGUAUUCUUGGUGAUGUAAACUUUAAUCUGGAUGAUAAAACAGCUAUAAAAGCUAGAGGAUUGUGGGAAGACUGGCAUUUGCGUCAAAUCAUAGACCAACCCUCUAGAACGAACCACCUGUCAGGUCUGCCACUUUCCUCUCGAAUGGGCAACCAUAACACCUCAGAGGCCGUCACUCUGACCACACCCACCUCCAAUAGUCUGAGCCGACUAGGCGGAGCCCCCUCACCACAUCAUGUCCUCUCAGGCUUGGCCAGUGGCCCUGGGAUGGAGCAAAUCAAAAGUAACGGAGGCCUUGCUGGACUGCUGGGGCCCCCUCCCAAGAUGGAGGGGCGAGGCCGUAAGAAGAUAAAAGCUGAGAAUGGUGGUGGCUCUCUGUUGGUGGUGCCUUACCCCAUCCUAGCCUCAGGCAACGACCAAUCCUGCCACACCAUCACCCCCAAACAGGGCAAAUGCUACAGGUGUAAAUCGUGCCCGCUGACCUUCUUCUCCAAGUCAGACAUGCAGAUCCACUCCAAGUCCCACACAGAGGCCAAGCCUCACAAGUGUCCUCACUGCUCCAAAUCCUUCGCCAACGCAUCCUACCUGGCCCAGCACCUCCGCAUACACCUGGGCGUCAAACCUUAUCACUGCUCCUACUGCGAGAAAUGCUUCCGCCAGCUCUCCCACCUGCAGCAGCACACCAGGAUUCACACUGGAGAUCGGCCCUAUAAAUGUGCCCAUCCAGGUUGUGAAAAAGCCUUCACUCAGCUCUCCAAUCUGCAGUCUCAUCAGAGACAGCACAACAAAGACAAGCCCUACAAGUGUCCGAACUGCUACCGUGCCUACUCGGACUCCGCCUCACUGCAGAUCCACUUGUCUGCGCAUGCCAUCAAAAACGCCAAGGCCUACUGCUGCAGCAUGUGUGGCAGAGCCUACACCUCAGAGACCUACCUUAUGAAGCACAUGUCCAAACACACGGUGGUGGAACACCUGGUGAGCCAUCACUCUCCACAGAGGACGGAGUCUCCCAGUAUCCCCAUACGUAUCUCCCUCAUCUGAGCACUUCGCCCUGACACCCUACCCUGACACCCUAACCCUGACACCCUACCCCUGACACCCUACCCCUGACACCCUAACCCUGACACCCUAAUCCUGACACCCUACCCCUGACACCCUACCCCUAACACCCUACCCCUGACACCAUACCCCUGACACCCUACCCUGACACCCUACCCCUGACACCCCUGUAAGGUCACACCCCUCCACUUAAGCGUAAUCAAUCCCAGAUAUUGGCUUUUAUUUGUUUGUUUGUAUACCCCAUGUGGGUUUCAAAAAUGGGUCAAACUGUAUUUGUACCUUAUCAAGAGGUAGACUUUUUUUUCUGUCAUCUAUAUGGUGUGAUUGGGUAAUGUUUGGGACAUCCAAAGAUGAUUUUACAGCACUUUCAGGCCUCAUAGUAUUGGCCCAAAAAGUUUUUAGUCUACUAAGACAAUAAAAGGCAUUGCUCCAGGCAGCUAAAAAGUUAACCAUAGGUGUUAUAAUGCAUUAAAGGACCACUCCUAUGUUUUUCUAUAUUGUCCUUUUCUCUCUUUACGCUUUGCUAAAGUAUAUUUACAUUGGGAACUUUACCUUCCUUUUGGUUAGGUCAACUAAAUCAUGUAUCCAAGCAUUUUUUUUUGCCACGCCUAAUGUCAAUGUUUGCAUCACUUUUGUUACUUAAAAAGGAAUUGUUCUCAUGUAAGCUUUAUAACGCUUAAGUAUGUCUUUUAGACAACAAUGCACACAAAAGGCUUUCAAAAUGGAGGGCCAUUACCUAUGUUUUAUUGUUGUAGUUUUCAUCUUGUUAAUAUUAUUGUCCAUGGUAUUAAAAAGGACACUGCUUAUGGCAAUCCUGAAAAGCACCAAAAUAUAUUUAGAAUCUGAUGUUGGUAUUUGUAGAAACUCAGCAUGUAAGAGUCUAAAUAUUUUGGUGACGUAUUGAAGAAAUGUAGCACAAAGAAUUGUCCAUAAUGGAACUGACAUAUUUGUUGGUUCAAGCCAUUCCAGUACCUGACAGAUUUUCAACAAGAUUUGAAUGGAGGCAGACAACUCAUUUCAAAUCGAAAUGUAUGAAAUAUCUUAACACACAUUCCAUUAUAUGUAACAUUUCAAUGUGACUCAAUUGAACCCUCUACCAUGUGUCAUGCUGUGGUCAAUUACAUGCAUGAGCUCUGCCUGUGUGCUACAAAGAUUUGUUUGCCGGCGUUGAUGAGAAAGGGGUCUCCUCAUAUUUCCUUUUAUCUUACCUAUGAAAUAGGAAAGGAAAGUACAAAUACGAGAAUCCACAGGUUUGAAACCAAAUGAAUGUAAUCCUUCUUAAUUUGUAUAUUUUCCCCGUGUCUGCCAGUGAUGGAUAUGGUGUGCUAUCUGGUAGAAAAUGGCAGAGCACAUUACAAAAUGUGAUACCUCCUGGCCUUUCAUUGGUUAACACCUGUGAAGCUCUUUGCGAAGAACAACAUGUGCUGCCUCCUCACUGUCUCCUUUUCUAUUGAGUGAUUAUUUGUACAUAUAUUCUGCAUCUAUGUCCUGCAGGUUAUUUUAUGCCCUUUAAUGUUUAAAUUGAAAAUGAGUAAAUUCCUGUUUUGGGUGUCUCAUGAAAUAUGUAUAGAUAUCUUUAUGUACAAAAAGACCUCCUUGUGUCUUGUAAUCAUUUUGCUCUCAUGUCUAAAUAUGAAUGAUUAACAUUUUUGUUAAUUUUAUACGCAUUUAAGCCUUAACUUGUAUCAUUGUAUUACAUUUUAUUUGUCCCAUAUUGAUGCCUCUCUGUACCCAGUGUUUUAUGCAUUUUAUUUCAUAGCAUGGAAUAUACUGUAAAUAAACUAUAUUAACUGUUAAUCCCUUUUCUAUAGUAAAUGAUUAUAUAGGUCUAGCUAUUAUUACAAAAAUCAUUGUUUCAUUUGUCAUGCAUUGUGGUACCAUGUCCACAUUACACACAGUCAAGACUUAAGAGUGAAUUGACUUUGUGUAAGAAUGAGCAAAAAAAUAAAACUAUUCAAAUGUUC